UCGCGAUGAGGGAUUAUGCUGUGACGUCUUCUAGCAUAGGAGCCGCGGGUAUGGAAUGAGGUGCUUAAGCAGCCAUGGUCCGCUGAGUAGGCUGUUUAUGUGCAUCUGCUAGCACUCUUCUCACGUUGGUACCGUUUUCGAGGCCAAGAGGCUUUUGUGUUAGUCUAUCUUCAUCUAGUGUUGCAUUUGACGUCCCUCCAUUAUGACCACUCGAGGACCAAUGGCCCCAGGGCUGUCAAUCACACGCGACUGGGCAGACGAUCAUUCUGAAAACCGUCUAGAUAGUAUCACGUCUGGAACGAGCGCUACACCUCUGACUCAGGCACCGACACAGUAUUCGUCGCAUUCUACCAACUCAGAGCUCUCCCCUAAUCGAACAUCGUCGAGCGCUCAACGAAAGCGAUCGGUACUUGGCUUGCAUCCUCAGGCACCCAUCGAUGAGGAGCAUGAUCAUGGGGCAGCAUCUGAGUUGCUAUGGUCGCGCAUAAGGACAGUGAUGAGGGAGCCGUUUGCUGAGUUCUGGGGCACUGCUAUUAUGGUGAUGUUCGGCGAUGGAGCGGUUGCGCAAGUCUUGUUAUCAGCUGGUCAGACUACUGCUCCAGGAGGCAACGGCUUCGGGCAGUAUCAAUCAAUAAACUGGGGCUGGGGCCUAGGCGUCAUGCUUGGACUGUACGUGGCAGGCGACUCUGGGGCGUAUCUCAACCCAGCCAUUACCCUCAGCAACUGCAUAUACCGCCAGUUACCAUGGCGGCGGUUCCCAAUGUACUUCGCUGCGCAGAUGCUAGGUGGUUUCGUUGGAUCCGGUAUCGUAUAUGCAAACUACAUUAGCUCCAUCGACUGGUUUGAAGGUGGAAAAAUGCGAACAGUGCCUCCUGCCGAGAAGGCUACAGCAGCAAUAUUCUGCACAUAUCCACAGCCGUUUCUUACAAAGACAAGCCAGUUUUUCUCGGAGUUCAUCGCAAGUACAUUGCUGAUGUUUGUCAUCUUCGCAUUAAAGGACCCGAGCAAUAACGGUGUCCCAAAGUCCGAUAAAUGGUUCCCUCUUUGUUUGUUCUUCCUGAUCUUCGGCCUCGGAUCUUGCUUCGGCUGGCAGACUGGCUAUGCGAUUAAUAUCGCUCGUGACUUCAGCCCAAGACUGAUGUCGUAUGCUGUUGGCUAUGGUCAUGAAGUGUGGUCCGCUGGCGGCUACUACUUCUGGAUCCCAAUGGUAGCGCCCUUCCUUGGCUGUGCGUUUGGUGGCUUCCUUUACGACAUCUUCAUAUAUACAGGGCCUAGUCCCAUCAAUUCGCCGUGGUUGGGCUUGAAGCAGCUCACGCCUUGGAAUGCGAUGCGAGCGAGAAGAGAGCACAUAAGGAGAGAAAAAGAGGAAGGUAUUGUAUAAAUCGCUGUUCUUUUCCGAGGUGCUCGUUUCUUGUAACAUAGCUCAUGCAAACGUGUAGACGCAAAGCCUAGCUAGGAGGCAUUAAUAGAUUAUGAAGUAACGGAGAUUCGAAUAUGAUGGAGCGACGAGUAUGUCAAUGCAAGUGAGCCUGUUCAAAUGAACACGUAAGAUGUAUUGAACAUCAGGUUGCACCACAACCAAUC